GGUAUUGGCGGUUCGCGGAAGCGUCAGCCACCGUCUGUCACGCACCGGGAACGUUAGCCUGAAGUGUCAGACGUCGCCUGUUAGCCGCCCUUGUGAAGGCCAGUCGUGGGGGGGAGGGAGGUCCUAUCGCUAGGUCCCUUGGUGGUUUUCUGGAAGGAAAUCCGGGCUUUCUGAGGCCAAAUAUACUGCGAAUGGUUAGUUGACUCUCGCGUCGAAGGAGACGAAGGGGAGUCUCGUGAUUCGAAGUCAAGUGCUGUAAGUGUCGAGUUGGAAAUCCUUAAAUUCACUGUCAGCGGAUUCCUAAAAAGGAUCAUUAGUGAGCGAGGGGGAAAAUCUCCACACAACGUCAAGUUAAAGGGAUGGUGAGAGCUUCCCGGGGACAGCGCGCCGCCUGAGCUGGUCGUCCGGGCUUCGUGAGUCCAGAGGGCGUAUUCGCAAACGCUGCCAGAGGCUGGACAUGUAGAGGCCGUGCGGGAGUACACGCGCGCGAGAAGGAGCACCUGGACAUGUGCUGUUUGGUUUUCGCGUUGAUAUGAGAAGAUUCUAGAAGGUAAUACGCGAUGGAGGACGAGGCGGACGGCAAGCUGAUUCUGAAGGAGAAUACCAAGGUAGAGGUCGUGGAGGGCGAGAAGGGCGAGGAGGCCGAGCUGUGCACGCGCCUCAAGAUGGCCCGGAAGAGCUUGACCAGAUGCCAUGGGGUCGAGGAGACCUUCGAGGGCGAGUUCGACCCCUGCCUCAGCAGCGAACCUAAGCUCGAGUACGAGAACGAGAGCUUCGAGCCCGCGCCGCUCCCCACAUCCCCUGGAAGCGCCAGGAACUCGGCCGAAGUCUGCCUUGUCCGUCCUGGCAAGGACUCGUCCGGCGGGGGCGCGUCACCCUCCACCGAGGACGCGGCGCCCGCGCUAUCGUCGCCGGCGACGCCGCACACUGAGCGCGGCAGCUGCAGCCGACGCAGCAGCAGCAGCGGCGACUGCGAGGAGGGCGCCCGCGACGGAUACGACGACAUCUCGGCGUCCAUGAGCGUGAUCCGCAUGGAGAAGUUCGCGCUGGAGAAGCGCCGCGUGUCGCGCAUCCUGCCCAAGUGUCUGCACCGCACCUUCGUCGACCCCGACGUGGAGCAGCUGUUUCAGGCGUACCACGAGCGGCAGCGGCGUGCCGACCUGCACAUACUACUGGCGGCGGGCGGCAUCUUCACGGCCUACAGCGUGACACUAUGCUUGGCGGACGCCCAGGACCCCGCGCUGCCCGCGCCCCUCGCGCUCGCCUGCAUCGGCGCUCUUCAUGUGCUCCUGCUGCUGCUGUGCCGCCUCCACGUCUUCCCUGAGCGAUCGUGGAUCCUCCUGCCGUACCUUGCGUGGGCGCUGUUCCUCACGGGCGUGGGCGUGUUCGUCAUCCUCGGCCCGCUGACGCCCGUGCCGCGCAACGCGCUCCUCUGGCUUAUCCUCCUGCACUUCCUGGUGUUCGUGGGGCUGCCAUUGCGCCUGCCCGCGUGCCUCGCGCUCACCGCUGCCACCGCCGCCGCCCACCUCACAACGUCGGCCCUCCUCACGCCCGCGCCGCACCGGUACACCACACAGGUGCUGGCGAACUUCUUGCUGGUGUCCGCGGCGACGCUGCUGGGCCUCAUGUCCUACUUCUUCGCCGACAAGAAGCACCGGCGGGCCUUCCUCGAGACGCGCCAGUCCCUGGAGGUCAAGAUGGUCAUCGAGGAGCAGUCCCGCGAGCAGGAGCGGCUGCUGCUGUCUGUCCUGCCCAAGCACGUGGCGGAGACGAUGCGGCAGGACCUGGGCCGUGGCGGCGACGGCCAGUUCAAGAAGAUCUACAUGAGUCGCCACGAGAACGUCAGCAUCCUGUUCGCGGACAUCGUGGGAUUCACCGCCAUCUCGUCCACCUACACAGCCUCCGAGCUCGUCAAGAUGCUCAACGAACUCUUCGCUCGCUUCGACGGCCUGGCUGAGAAGUACCACCAGCUGCGCAUCAAGAUCCUGGGCGACUGCUACUACUGCGUGUCGGGGGCGCCGAGGGAGCGCAGCGACCACGCCGUCAAUUGCGUCCACAUGGGCCUCUCCAUGAUCGACGCCAUCAAGUACGUUCGCGAGACGACGGGCUGCACGGUGGACAUGCGGGUGGGAAUCCACACGGGCGCCGUGCUGGCGGGCGUGCUGGGGCAGCGCCAGUGGCAGUUCGACGUGUACAGCAAGGACGUGGUGCUCGCCAACAAGAUGGAGAGCAGCGGCAAGCCAGGACGUGUGCACAUCAGCAACAAGACGCUUCAGUACAUCGGCGGCGAGUUCGAGGUGGAGCCGGCGUACGGCGAGAAGCGGGAGGACGCGCUGAGGGCCGCCGGACUCAAGACCUACUUCAUCUCCAAAGUUCUCUGCCCGUACAAGCCUCGGCCGUCGCUGCAGAUGAUGCGGAAUGGAACCAAGAGCUCGUCAUCGCAGCCAUCGCGAGAUGGCCCCUCUGAAAACAACAUGGCUUCGCGUGACUCCACGACGCUGUCCACGGUGGAUGAGGCGCGGAUCCUGAAGGCGCUGCAGGAGAACGGCCGCCCCGACUCCUCCUACAAGACCAAGCUACAGAAGGAGCUGGUCAACCGCGACGGAAGGAAGGACCUCCUGAGCCAGACGCGGCCGCUGACGCUGCGCUUCAAGGACGAGAAGACGGAGCGCGCCUACCGCCAUCACCGCGAGACGUUCAGCGGCGCCGCCACCACCGGCGUGCCGCUCGUGCUCGUCGUCGUCGCCUUCGCCAGGCUCGUCGUGCUGCCCAGAGCUGGCGGCGGCGGGUGGGUGCUGCUGGCGGGCGCGGUCAUCCUGACGGCCAUGGCGGCGGUGUCGGCCGCCCGAUCCUUCCCUCUGAGAGUGUGCUCCGCCCUGCUUGAGGCCAGCGACAAGGUGCACACCGCCGUCGGCCUCCGCGUCGCCUGGUUCACCACGCUCGUCGUCCUCGCCGCGGCCGUCAACACCCUCGACAUGUACCUGUGCGACAAGAGCCUGCUGCUUGGCGUCGCCUCGGCGGCCGACAACAGCUCGUUCAUGGCUCCGCUGUCGAGCCUCAACGACUCUGCACUGACCGACGACUCAGUGCGCAUCGUGUACGAGGUGCUCCGCGUGGCCUUCGACAACGCCACGAGCCCGGAUGUCGGCGAGGACGCCCUUAUCUGCCCCUACCCGGCCUACUACUCCUACUUCACGCUGCUCAUUCUGCUCGCGGCGUCGCUCCUAGCGCAGGUGAGCUACAUGCUGAAGAGUCUGGUGAUGGUGAUGGUGGUAGCCGUGCAGUGCGUGAUGAACCUGCUGGUGAUGAGGCCGCUGAUGGACAACGCCGAUGGCUGGACCAGUUCUCAAGACCACAGAGUUGUCCGAGAAAGCGUGAGUUUGUCUGUGGAGCUUUGCCUCAUCACUCUCCUGCUUAUUGUACUCAACAGACAGACUGAAAAAACAUCAAGAGUGUUGUACCUGUGGCGCCAAGAAGUGGAGGAGCAGCGCGAGAGAGCAGCAGACAUUCGGCAAAGGAACGAAGCACUAGUCUACAACAUCCUUCCACAACACGUAGCCACACACUUCAUGGGCAUUCGUAGGAAGAAGCACGAGGAGCUUUAUUCCCAGAGCUAUGAGGAGAUUGGCGUCCUCUUUGCGUCUAUGCCAAACUUUGGAGACUUCUACUCAGAAGAAUCUGUCAAUAACCAAGGACUAGAAUGCCUUCGAUUCCUCAAUGAAGUGAUAUCUGACUUUGACGGGCUGCUAGAAUCAGUACAGUUCCAUGACAUCAUCAAGAUAAAGACCAUUGGAUCUACUUAUAUGGCUGCAAGUGGGCUCAAUCCAUCUAGACAAGUGAAGGAGGACGACCCAGUCAAAGUGCGAUGGGCACAUUUAGCCCUGCUGGUGGAUUUUGCUUUUGAACUCGUAAGAGCCUUGCAGUCCAUCAAUGAACAGUCCUUCAAUCACUUUGUGCUAAGAAUGGGUAUUAAUCAUGGACCCAUCACCGCUGGUGUUAUAGGAGCACGUAAACCCCACUACGACAUCUGGGGUAACACGGUCAAUGUUGCCUCAAGAAUGGAGUCCACUGGCAAGGCUGGCUGUAUACAGGUUACUGAAGAAACCACAAAGAUUCUGCAGCACUUUGGGUAUGUUUUUGAGCAGCGUGGUCUCAUAGCUGUCAAAGGAAAGGGAGAGCUUAUGACAUAUUAUUUGGUUGGUAAGGCAGCCAGUCCUCAGCAAGUUAAUGGAGAAUCCCUCGGUUACUCUCAGCAAGGAGACGCUACAAACACUUGAGGAUAUAUAAUAUAAUGUAAUAUUAUUCACAGUCAGCCAAGAUCACAUAAUCAGAUACAUGUGUAUUUGCUGUUAAGACACAAGUUGGAAAUCAUAUACAGGUUCUAAGUACUGAUACUAGAAUUGUAUGAAGAAGUCUAGAUUUACCAGAAAUUCGCCACAAAAGACAAACUAAAGUUAGAAGUGUUAUCCUCUCAGUAUAGAAUUGUAAUAGGAACAUGAAAGACUCUUAUGUUUGUGUAGAUAGAAAGCAUUACUGGAAGAGUUCUUAAAACAUAGCUUGCAUUAGACUAUAAAAGAUAGGAAAAAUUGAUAGCACACUUGUAUUCUUUGGUUUUCACUUGAAAGAACUGUACCUUCCCUUGAAAAAUCUAGUCACUAUGAAGUUCAGCAUGAACAUGUUUAUUCUUUACUUAUUACAUGUAUUUGAAUUAUAUAUUCUGUGAAAAGUAAAUUUCAGAUGUGUUGGCCAGUGUCUGUGUAAAUACAUAAAUAUUCAUUAGUAUAUUGUGGAUAAGUGUGUGUGUGCGUGUGCGUGUGUGUGUGUUUGUGUGUGUGGAUUGAUGAUGGUGUGGGUGUACGUGUGAGUGUUAGACUAUGUGUAGAAAAUACAGUGUACAUUAUUUUCUCAUCAUCAAGUCAGAAUGAUGGUUAAAGUAUAGUUUUUUAGACUUAAUCACAGACAGGAAAAGGGAUGAUAACAUAGCAGAUGAGAUUUUGGUUAUGGGGACCAUCUAUUACAUUCUUCCAGUAUGAUGUAAAAGUUUAAUCGUAUUCAGUUUAACCUUGUCUUUUAGAAGGCAAUUUUGGUUACUAUUUGCUACCUUUCACAUUUUAUAUACCUUAAUCCAGACAUUUUGUAGGAAGAUCUUAUCUCAAACAUAAAUUUCAUACGAUGAUACUAAAUUUGUAUAUUACAAUUAUCAUACAGGAUUGUCAAUCCAAAGUUGAAAUGCAUGGGAGUUUUCGUAAGAUAGCGGUGUGUAUUAUUAGGAUAUUUAGAAUAGGAACCUGACUUAAGAGUAAAAACUUACCCAUAUUUACAAAACUGUAAUCAGUGGAACAGAGAUGGCAUUUUAAUUAUAUAUUUUAUAUCAUAGAAGUUGCACUGUGGGUGCUUAUAACCCUUCCCAAUAUUUUUUACUGUCUAGAAUUGAUAGAAAAUUGAGAUUACACAUCUGUACUUUAUAACCGAGAUUAAAACUGUCUGAGACUGUCUGAAAUAAUGAGAGUUUUAUAUUUUUCUUAUGACAGAUUUUAGAAUAUGCAUAAGAAUAUAUAUAAGGAAUGAAUGAAAAAUCCAACAAAAUGCGGGAAUUCUGAGAAACAUUACUGAAACUUUGAUUAAAAUAUUAUGUUAGAAAAACACUAUUUUGUAAAAAGUAAAUUAAGAUGUAAAAACAUGGGCUAAAUCCUUCUUCCACAGUCUUCUGAUGUCUUUUCUUGCAGUUCUUUUUACAUAUUUCUGAAAUUCAUUAGACAGUCAUUAUCAUGCCUGUGUAAAUGGUGGUGCCCAUACAUGUAUAAACUCAGCACAUAUACAGUCUGUGUAAGUGCACAUGUUUGCAUAUCCAUUGAUAAUCAUAAAAUCAUUUGCUCACUCUCACUCACUCAUCUGACCAUUCCUCACUCUAGAAAAACCCGUAAAUACAUGUAGUAUACUGUAAUAACUCCCCUUAGUGUGUGUCUUUUAACGUACUCAUGCCAGGAUAUAAAUAGGAAGUCCUGAAAGUAAAUCUUAUUGAAGUUUAUGAUAUUUAUUAUAAUAUAAGUAGCACUAAUUAAUAUAUAAGCUCUUGGUACUUGCCGUCACCCUUAUCAAGAGCAAUUACUACCCCAGGAUACUCUUUUUCAGUGAAUCAAGCUCAUGCAGGGAAAGGUGAAAUAUAUAUGUUAAGCUAUGUUCACCAUGUUCAUUAUGACAAAUGUCCCAGUGUUGUUUGUAUUAUAUCACUGAUGCUUUAUGGUUGUGAUGUAGAUAAUUUUGUCUGUAAUACCUUAUACUGCUUUCCUUUGUGGCAUUUUGUAAUAUAAAAAAUCAAACAUAUUGUAAUAUUGGAUUUACUAGAAAGUAAAAAAAUAUAUGUAUAAUUAUAUUAUAUGUAUACAGAGAUCAUUAUUGUGUAUCAGUUAGUUGUAAUAGAAAUGGUCCAAGUUUAUAUUUUGAGGAGGCAUUUAAUAAAUUUUGUGAGAUUGAGGGUGACAUAUCACUAAAAAUACUAUAUAUUUUAGGACUAUUUUUGUAUAUAGUGUCUCCUCAAUUUCUCUAGCACUCAUGUAGUAUACAGAUAUAUGUAAGUAGCAUUUUAUAAUAUAAUGGAUGGAGAUUAUAUCAAGACCGUCAUAUAUAUUUGUAUUGUUUUAUUUUGUGUGAUGAAAUUUGAACAAGCACUUGUAGAUACUCUGAUAUUACAUAGGUCCCAUAGCUUAAAUAUAAAUUCUCCAUUUACACAAAUUACUCCAGAUAGAAUUUAUUUACCUUACCAUUCAUUUAUAACAGCUUAUUUUCUUGCAUGUGAUUAUCAGCCAUUAAGUCAUGUAGACUGCAUGACUAGUACUACAAUCACAAGUAUCUGAUAGGUAUUCCAAACUAGUCUUAGGCAAGCUGGUCUGUACAAUUGAUACCUGUGACUUAAUCAUGUGAAGCAUGCAAAGGUAAUCAGAAUAUUUUAUUUUAUUUAGAAAGGAAUUCUAUUCUUGAUAUACAUGCUGGAUUGUGUGGAAAGUAGCAAACAUAUAUGAAUGUGAUAUAAAUAGAGAUUUAGGGUAAUGUAUAGUCAUGCAAAAAGCAACUGAACCCAUCAAAAAACUUUUGUGCAGGUUUUUAAACUUUUUUAUCUUUAGGGAUUGGGUAUCAUUAUAAACAGGCUGCUUCUUCAUCACUUGGCUAUUUUUGUUGAUCCUAAUAUCAUUAAUCAUAUUUUAGGAGUAUUGCAAUGCAUUACCAGUCACUCUCUUUACUUUAAAAAAAAUAUAAUCAAAUAUUUAAAGACAUCUUGCGUAUAUAUAAUCACUGCUGUUACCAUUAUCUUCCUGUAUCAUAAUCAUGAUGUCAUGAUGAUUUGAAAUAAUCAAUCAUCAUUUAUGUCAAGUAUCAUUAUGAUCACUCCCAUGUCAGUCACUGCAUUAUCAUCAUCACACUUUUCUAUAACAUCAUUACCCUCUAUACCACAUUUCCUAGUCAGCAUAUCAAGCAUAAUGGCCCACCUGCAAAUGCAGAUGCACCUUUUCCACUGGAUACCUCACGUGAACAAUAGGAAGGUACCAAAUGGAACUGUCCUGGGCUUGAGGAAAGUCCUUUCUUCCAGUCAUACUCUGUUGCUUGAAGCAUUGAUGGCACAUCAGACAAGGUUUCUCACCAAUGAAUUGCCUGAUAAGGUGCUUGCUUGAUGUUUCCCAAGGAUGCCUCAUAUUGGUGGAAAGGUGCUUUUGCAAGUUGUAUAGUAUCAUUUGCAAAAACUGUACACAGAAAUAUCAUUGCAGAUGUACAAACUUCAUCCACUCUGCUGCAAUGUCACCUACUACAGACUUGCUGGAUUGAUCUCUAGAACCUUCAAUACCCACUUUUUCUCAGUGCCAUAUAUGGCAGCAACAGUUUCUGACCCAGUCAAGCAGGGAAGUGCCAGAAUGAACUCUGAAGCCAUGGUUGCUUUCACAUAAACUACUGCCCAAUCCGUUUGUGCAUAUCUCAUGAAUCUCUUGAAACAGAAAUUAGAAGAUAAGCAAACAUGUUAGUGUUAACAGAAAUAACUUGUAACAUAUUUGCAGUCUUAGGAAUAUGCUAUCAUGUGCUGCAUAAUGACAAGUGUAUACAGUCUUCACCCCUUUAGUCAAAUAAUUUUAAUUAUGACCUCCACACCUGUUAAGGUGAGACUCUAUUUUUGCUGGCUGCACUGCAAUAUUCAUUAUCCAUAAUCUAUUUUUUUCCUUAUACCACAUGUAGAUGUUGCUGUACAAAGAAAACAUACUUGUUGCCACAGUGAUGGAUAGUGGCCAGAUCCUCUCUGUGAAUCCACAAAAUUAGUUAACAACAAAUUCAAAAUAGGAAGGAAAGAGUCUUCUUCAUUACUCACAGGACUUGACUACUGUCCAUGAGUCUACAUACCUGAUGUGUCUAUAUGAGGAUGAUACCCACAUAACAUCAUAUAUUUCUUAUUUCACACUGAGGUCACAGGUAUAGUAUACUCAUUCUCUGUAUAGUUAAAAGAACAAUUAAUAUUAGAUUAUGUAUACAUCUUCCAUCUCCAUAACCUAGACUUUACUGGGUGAUCUCAAUCAAUCAUCUCAUAAACUGAUUCAGUACCCUCUCCCACCUAAAAAAAGGAAUGAAAAAACAGCAUAUUAACAUCAGGAACAUUAGAGUUGGCAUUAUAGUUUCUGAGAUAUGCCACCUACCUGUUGCAGGAGAUGUAAGAGAAGACCAUCAUAAAAAUAUGCAAACAAUGGAAAUGCAGGAUACCAUUUCUCAUAGAAAUGGUAUCCCAAGUCCCUAAGGGUUACAGAAGUGUAAAAACAUAAAUUAUAAAAUUUUUGAAAGGGUUCAAGUGACUUUUUUUCCUGACUAUUGUGGAUUCAGCUCUAAGAUCAAAGUAUACAUUUCCAUAAUUAGAUAAACUGUUUCAUAUGUUAAAUUAGUUUUGCUACGCAUUUUGGAUUAGUUCAUGUCCUACAUUAUUGUUACAAACUGGAUAAAUUAUUAAGAAUAGUAUAUGACUAAUGGCUGUGUUCAAGAGGUUUCAUGUGGGCUUUCCAAAUGUUGUGUAAACAGGACAGUCCCCAACCUCACUUUCAAUGGAAGUGUAGCAAGAUGUAUAGAAAGAAGGACUUACAAAGGAAUAUAUCUUCAAUGAGGUUUCUAGAGUCAAGGUCUAAUUAUUAUUCAAAUAGGAAUAACCAUUAUGGUAGACACUAUCAACAUCUUUCAAACAAGUAGUGUAAAGAAUAUUUUUUGUAAAGAGAAAUGUCUGUUGUUUCAAGAUUGCUGAUUAUUGUUUACAUAUCCUAGGUUUUAAAAAAAUACUGAUAAACUUGCCUAGUAAAUUAUAUAAGUACUAUGCAGAGAAAGAAUUUUGAAUGGCAAAAUUAUCUCCAGUACAACAAGGAACAGGGUUCUUGGCUACCAUAAAACCUUGUUAAUGAAUUAUCAAAUUUGAAUGCUUUUUCUUCUUUUGAUAACUAUGCUUAUCACAGCUCAAAAUAGAUCUGGAUGUCAUAAGGAUAAGGGUCUUUAUUGCCAAACAAAGAAGCUUAUAUAUGUAUAUUGCAGUUCCCAACAAAAUAUACCAUGAUAUAUUCAUUGGAUACUAUUGUCAUUUUUAUUUUGAGAUACAGUAUUUAUAAUUGUUGUUAAUGUUAUUUCCAGUUUAAAUUAUUUCAUUUCCUAUAAUAUUGUAGAAGUGAUGAAAUGGUGGUUUCAUCAUGGUCACAAAAAUACUUGGUGUUAAGUUUCCACUCUAGAGUAUUUUGAGUAAGUUAUUAAUUUACAAGAACAUUUGAGUCCCUUCUCAUUGUUAAAUACCUAAUAUUGAUGUAGGAAUAAUUACAUAAUUUGAGCAAGAAGUAGUUAAUGAAGUUUAAUACUGCUCAGCUAUUUUUAAAUAUACAUUAAUUUGAAAUACUCACUGUAUGUAAAUGCAUAUAAUGUAAAUAUGUAUGUAAGCAUGUAAUACAUGUACUGAAAGACAUUAAUGGCUCAUGAACCUUAAGAUUUCAUAAAACAGAAACAUCUCAAUUAUGCCAAACUGUGGACACAGUAGCACCUUCCUUCAAUAUAAAUCUUAACAAACACCACAAAAUUCAACACCAGUAGUAUGAUAAAAAAUAGAAAUUGUUGUAACUGCUUUCCCUUGGAUUUUUCUGGCACUGGUGAUGUAUGUAAUGCUGCCACUUAUGAUGCAAUGCUUGUGAACGUUAAAUAGACCUUGUCAUUAUUUGCUGAAUUUGUUGUGUAUGUACAGGUCAUUAUGCAGUUUAUGUUCCAGGUGCUGGGUUGUAUUUAUAUUAAAUUUUUGAUGUAUCACAAUCAAAUUAAGUUUCUGCUUAGCAACAGUGAAGUCAUUGUAGUUGUCCACAGCAUACUACUUUCCUCAAUAUAAUUAAAUGUUUAAUGCCCCAACAGUUUUCUUAAUGCAUAGGUGUGCCCAGUUCAUUAACCAUAUUGAAGUUAUACUGUAGUAUUCAGGAAACUUCAGUAAACUGAAACAUGAAACCAUCUUUAACAUGGACAGAAUAGUUGAUUCAACACAAAUGCAAUGAUUCCAGUUUGUGAAUGCCACAUGGCUCACCUCCCUAUACAUGCUUACUCAAAAUGUGUGAAUGUUAUGUCAGUAUCCAUGUUGGAUGUACAAAUUAUGUAUUAGCUUCCAUAGUUGCAUUGUUUAAUUCUGGGUGCUCUGAAUCUUAGAUAACAUAAAACCUUUUGGUUUCCUUGGGUCAGUGUAAAAAAUUUAUGUAUCCUUGCAGGACUUUAUGAGCCUUCUCUUCUAAAAUUACAGGUACACAAGGAUUAAAUCAGAAUUAAGUUUGCAGAAUUCUGUAAAACUGUAGAGGCAGUUAUAAAGUCAAAAUUAUGACUCAUACCUUACAUAAAGUAUUAAAAGAUGCAGAUAACAGACAUAUUCUUGAGGUAAGAACAGUAAUUCAGACAUUUCUGUUACUAUUGUCAAUUAAUCAAAAUAUGAUACUGUUAUGUCAUUAUAAAACAUUCAAAAUGCUCAUUUCUUAUUUAAAGAUAGAUAGUUCACCUAUGUACAAGUAUCAUAAGACAAGCAAUAUGUUUUUGUGUUGGUAAGUACCUGUAGGUGAUCACUACUACUGUUAAUCUUGAACCACAGACAAAAAGCAGCUGGCUUUGAGUACCUGCAAAAAGUCACAGAUCCCUGUUUGUGCCUGCAUGCAUGUGUGGGCAUUUGUAGGAGAUUAGAAGCCAAAUGAUGUCCUCUGUUCAAUAGUAUAGUUUUCCUGUAAAGUAGACAACAUUGGUGAUGCCGAAGAGAUUAUCUUGAUCAAUACAAGACAGAAGACA